AUGGCGGCGGAAGGAGAACAGCCACAAACCACCAACACAGUUGAGGAGCCUCUCAACCUGAUCAGGCUUAGUCUGGACGAGCGAUUCUACGUGAAAAUGAUAAACAACAGAGAGCUUCGAGGAAGACUACACGCCUUUGAUCAGCAUUUAAACAUGAUUUUGGGAGAUGUUAAAGAAACUGUUACGACUGUAGAAAUUGAUGAGGAAUUGUAUGAGGAGAUAUACAAAUCCACCAAGAGAAACAUCCUAAUGCUGUUUGUUCGUGGUGAUGGUGUUGUUCUUGUGGCUCCUCCGCUAAGAGUCGUUUAAACCCAGCCAAACUGAACAUUAUGGACUGAACUUCAAACCGUGAUUAUAUUUUUCAGUU